GAGAGAGCUACUGUUCGCUCUUUCGAUCGUGUCUCAGCUAUCUACGCACGACCAGGGCGCACUGCGCGGCCCGAGUAUCCAGCUUUGACAUUCCGGCAUUCUUGCGCGUCAUGGAUCGAUCGCCUCCUCUCCUUCUUCUUGAUCGCUUCCUGUGAUCUUCCAGCGGCAAUGCCGGGGAUUUCUCCUGACGAGUGAUAGGCUAGGAGCAUCGGUUGGGAGAGCGGCUCGAGCAGGGAAAGCAAAAUGGGGAAGAAGGUCUGGAGCGUCGCCAGGAGCGUUCUUGGAUUGCGAAUGUGUUCUUGGACAUUCCCGGCCGAUUCCGAGGGCUUUCCAUCCGACGAAGAAUGGGAUUUCCAAGGCCGGCCGGCAACGCCGGCACGAUCAUCCAUCAAGAGUUCUUGCCCGAUCUGCCUGGAAGCUAUCAAAACCGGGGUUGGACAGGCACUCUUCACAGCCGAGUGCUCGCACACCUUCCACUUCUCGUGCAUUGCGUCCAACGUGAAGCACGGCAACAUGGUGUGUCCCGUGUGUCGAUCCCGGUGGAAGGAAGUUCCAUGGCACGGCCCUCUUCCAGACACGAACAAGCCCAAGAGAUCCUCGACCCCGCCGCCGCCACUCAUCAUCCCACCACCAUCGCCGCUGCCAAGUUUCAACGAGCUUCUCCGCCAAGAACAACAACAACAACACGAGGAACAGGACCCCGUCAUACGAAUCAUUGACGAGUCGAUCGCAAACGCCAAUGCCACUCAAGAAAUCAGUCGAGCGUCGCCACCCUCGAGGCAACAGCAGCAGCAGCAUCAAGUCAUAGAACCUCUCGUUUACGACGAUGACGAAGCUCUCGCCAACCAAGGCUCUUGCGACGAUGAGUUUCCAGAAAAUGUGACUUCGUCCGAGCAAAGAUCCAAGCUCGAGCUCAGCGCUUACGCAGAAGUUGGCAGCGUGUCAUUCUCGGAGCAGCGGAACAGUUUCAACGUCCUGGUUCACGUCAAAGCUCCGGAGCUUCUCGAUUCCGGGACAGAACCAGCAGUCUUGGAUCGAGCGCCGAUCGAUCUAGUGACAGUCCUGGACGUGAGCGGAAGCAUGGCAGGGACAAAGCUCUUGCUCCUCAAGCGAGCAAUGGCGUUUGUGAUCCGCAACUUAAGCUCCCGGGACCGUCUCUCGGUGGUGGUGUUUUCCUCGUCGGCAAAGAGGCUCUUCCCGCUCAAGACUAUGGUGGAGGAAGGCCGGCAGUUCGCGCUGCGAGCAGUGGAGACGUUGGUUUGCACCGGAGGAACGAACAUUGCCGAGGGGCUGCGCAAAGGAUCGAAAGUUUUGGAAGAGAGGCAGCACAAGAAUCCAGUCGCGAGUAUAAUGCUGCUCUCCGACGGACAUGACACUUACUCGCUGGGAACUCGGGGCCAGGUUUUCAACUCCUCUCCAAGCUCCAGCUUCCACCGUCACAAGCUACUGUCACGACGAUUGAGCAACACCGGACAGAUAUCGCCACGCAUUCCAGUCCACACUUUCGGAUUCGGAGCUGAUCACGACGCUGCGACCAUGCACUCCAUUUCUCAAGUCUCGGGAGGAACCUUCUCGUUUAUCCAGGCAGAAGGUGGCGUCCAGGACGCUUUUGCUCAGUGCGUCGGGGGACUUCUAAGCGUUGUCGUCCAGGACGUUCAGCUGGUAGUCUCCACGAACGUUGGAGGAUGUGAAGCCGGAGGGUCUCGGAUAACGAGCGUUCAUGCUGGCAGCUACAGGAGCUCGGUCGUGGAGGAUUCGUCACGAGCAACCGUGAAGCUGGGGGAUCUCUAUGCCGACGAGGAACGAGACGUUCUUCUGGAGAUUAGGCUCCCGGCACUCAACUUCAGCCUCAAGGAACAGUUUAUCCUCGAAGCUAGGUGCUCUUUCACCGAUCCAGUGCGUGGAGAGAAGCUUCACACUGCGUCCCGGAAGCUCUCGAUCGCUCGUCCGGAUUUCGUGAGCGCCAACCGGCAACAUGUUAGCGUGGAAGUUGAUCGACAAAGGAACCGGCUGCUGGCAGCAAAGACGAUCUCCGAGGCUGGUUUUUUGGCAGAUUCCGGUGACAUCGAGGCAGCUCAGACGUGUCUUCGAGCAACUCAGCAGCUAAUCCAAGCCUCGCUUUCGUUGCAAGGUGGUGACAAACUCUCCAAGGCGCUUGAGUCCGAGCUUGGAGAAAUCCAGGAGAGGAUUGGAAACAGGCAGCUCUACGAGAGAAGUGGUCGAGCAUACAUUCUCUCGGCUCAAAGCUCGCAUUUCUCACAGCGAGCCACGACGAGAGGAUACUCAUACAAUCGAGACUAUCAGACGCCUUCCAUGACUGGAAUGAUUCUACGCUCGCAGCAACAUCCGGGCUACAGUAGCUCACCUCUUAGGAGCUAACUAUCCAAUGGAGGCGAAAUUUAUAUUUCUCCAACAGAUGCAUGUCCUCGGUUUGAGAUUGACGAGGCCAAGCUAGUCUCUCUAGCAAAACUUUGGCUCGGCGACAGGAAAACAAAGGGAUACGAUAGAAAAAAGUGUCAGCUAGAGUAUCAGGGUUCCAGGGAUUUGUGAUGGAUCGGAUCGGCUCCAGAGGGAACUUGCCUCUCGGGUUGGAUGGCAUUGAGCUGCUUGCUGGAAGGAUCGUCCUUGAAAGUUCGAGGUGGGAUAGAACGAGCUGCUGGGAUAGCAUUUAUGGAAGAAGUUGCUGGACCAGAUUGAGAAGAAUCCUUGGAAGAAGUUGCUGCUGGAACUGAGAUAGAAUCCUUGGAAGAAGAAGAAGGAACUGGGAUAGAAUCCUUGGACGAAAAAGCUGCUGCUGGAACUGGGAUAGGAUCCUUGGAAAAAGAAGCUGCUCCUGGAACUGGGAUAGAAUUCUUGGAAGAAGAAGCUGCUGGUGGAAAUGGGAUGGAGUCCUUGGAAGAAGAUGAAGUUACUGGGAUGGAUUGAGAUCGAUGCGUCAAGACAUCGUGGUGAGGCUUGCCGACGGCCGAGUUCCAGCACGCAACGAAGUCCUUGAGGCGCUGGAAUGGAUCUUCCGGUCCAGUGGGAACUUCUCGCUCGAGGUGGUGAUUGCCGGAGGGUGGCGCAGGGAUCCCGACGCCGAAUUCUUUGCGGCAAGCCGCCUGACUGAUCGAGUUUUGGUACUGCUUUGGAUCCGAGGGGCCGGAAGGAAUGAGCCUCUCCGGCUGUUCCUCGCGAUCGCGGAGAAGAAGUUUACGCGAAGUUCCUGGAUCUGGCAACGAAAAAACCAACGAAAGUUAAGAUCGAUACUGGGCGAUCGAGAGUGGAGGGAGCUGCUGCUUACCUCGAGAUUCCAGAGCGUAGCAGCAUAGCAAAGCCAUGAAGAAGAAAAGGAUGAGCGAGUGGAGCUCUAGCGCCAUGGAAGGAGAGAUUGAUGGAUAGUGGUAUGUUAGCGAUCGAUCUGGGCUGAGAUGCCAUCGCGCUGGAUUUAAAUGGUGGCCAGCCGGAAUUUCCGUUGCAUGGAGAGCAUGGGAGGGUGUUAAACGGUAACGAAACGCUCGCCACAGUGGGGAGAUUGUGAAAGCAAGAUGCGCCGCCUCGCCGGAUUAGUUAUAGCAGUUUUAUAAAGGAAGGGAAUGUUUAGCGCGCGCCCAAGAACCCUAAAAUUAAAACACUUUUGCGCGCCAAA